GAGGGGCGUAGAAAGGAGGCCAUAUUGUACAGUUAAAUUGAAAGAACGAAAAUAAUUGUAUCGCCGUCGCGAUCGCCCGCGUUCGCGCUCCGCCUUCGGUUUCCCCUAUUUUUAUCCCGUGUCGUUGCGCGACGGCGUUGCCCGACGUAGUCGCGUGCCGUGGCAGCCGAGAGCAGCGAACGGGAACCAAUCGGCGGCGGUACCUGGCCUCCUGUCUCUUUGUAUAUAAGCCACACAUCGCGCAGUAGUACGGCUCGACCCUACACGGGCACCUCGACAUCGGCUUGCCAAAAGGUGCUUGUUGCUUGCUGCGGUCGAGAUGGGCACUCGAGACGACGAAUACGAUUAUUUAUUUAAAGUUGUCCUCAUCGGAGAUUCUGGAGUAGGAAAAAGUAAUCUCCUAUCCCGAUUUACGAGAAAUGAAUUCAACUUGGAAUCGAAGUCUACCAUCGGAGUUGAGUUUGCCACGCGCAGUAUACAAGUAGAUGGUAAAACCAUUAAAGCUCAAAUUUGGGAUACAGCUGGGCAGGAGCGUUAUCGUGCGAUUACCUCUGCAUAUUACCGUGGAGCAGUCGGUGCACUACUCGUGUACGAUAUUGCGAAACACCUGACGUACGAAAAUGUAGAGAGAUGGUUACGAGAAUUACGGGACCAUGCGGAUCAGAAUAUUGUGAUCAUGUUAGUGGGAAAUAAGUCAGACUUAAGGCAUCUGCGUGCUGUUCCAACUGAUGAAGCUAAGGCGUUUGCUGAGAGGAAUGGCUUGUCUUUCAUUGAAACAUCCGCUUUAGAUUCUACUAACGUUGAGACAGCGUUUCAAAAUAUAUUAACAGAAAUAUACAGAAUCGUAUCGCAAAAACAGAUACGAGAUCCACCUGAAGGUGAUACAAUCCGGCCACAGAAUGUAGAACAAAUUGAAGUCAAACCAACGAUGAAUGAGGGAAUGCGUAAGCAGUGCUGCCAGUGACUCACCUUGUUGCUUAAAAUAAGCAGUCAUACAGAGGAGGAAAAAAUGGAAGGUCUAGCUGGUGGUAGAUACAUUAUAGCAGAGGUGCGCGCAUAACAGAACGAGAGUUAAGACUAUAUGCGCAAGCAUGUAAUCUCAUGUGCUAGAAGGUUUUAUCCGUAACAAUAUGGAAAGUUCCAGCAAUCCAUAUACGAGUAUACAUUACAUAUUCAUGGAAAUAAUCAAGUAAGGAUAAGCGUCGAGAAAUUGUACGAUGCUGUAAAACGCGAGUAACACGUGCACCAUUCUGUCCGCGAGAAAGAUCAUCUUUACUCUCUCUGUCUGUCUCUCUAUCUGUCACGAUAUAAAUUAUGUUAUAAUAUAAAUAAAUGUUGUAUUACUGCUUCUUUGUAAUACAUAUACAUAUAUAUAUAUACAUAUAAACGAUUCUUCUUAAACGCGUAGCGUGAUCGUGAGUAUGUGAACAAUUUAUGAUCGUAUAAUGCAAUGAAGUAUCAAUGAAUAAGCACUAUCAUGCACUGCGUAGAAGAAAGCGAAUGCGAUAUAUAGAAUAAUGGGCUUACAUGGCGAAUGAUAAAACGGCAGUGGAAACAGUUAAAGUGAGAGAUAGUCCUUUCUCGUUGCUCACUCUCGGCUCGUCGUAAAUAAUAGCGUUAGUCUGUACAAGCUUGGGCACUACAUGCUUCGGAGUUAUUUUAUUUUUACACCAAGUUUUUCCCACCAAACGUCUUACCGGAUACAACUGUAUAAGAAUGGUUACGUACGAGGCUGUAUAGUAGGCAUUUUUCAAAAAUUUUGAGAGAUACCGUUGCUUUCCGUGUGGCUGUACUGUAAUACGUUAUCGUCUCUCUCACGAGCUUUUAUUGUAUCCUAAAUAAAUAGAGAGUGAGUAAAGUGUUAACAAAUUGAAGUGUCUACUUCUCAAUGGAUUAUGUGCGAGAACAACGGUUUUCAAUCUAUCACUUACUUAUAAUGAUCUUUAGAAAGAUUAUUAUGAAAAAAGCAAGAUUAAUAAAAAAAAAAUUACUAGUG